ACCAAUUUUUGAAGCUUUUCAGAUGGAAUUAUUUCCCAUUCUUGCUUGAUGUACAACUUAAGUUGUUCAACAGUCCGUUGUGGUAUUUUAGGCUUCAUAAUGCGUAACAUUUUCAAUGGGAGACAAGUCUGGACUACAGGCAGGCCAGUCUAGUAGCCGCACUGUUUUACUGUGAAGCCACGCUGUUGUAGCAUGUGGUUUGGCAUUGUCUUGCUGAAAUAAGCAGGGGCGUCCAUGAUAUCUGUUAUGUUUUGGACAUCGCAGCUUGCCGUUGUUGUAAGCAAUGCAUGAUGGGAAUCCGGAUGUUGUGUCGUUGUAAUGAAGUGCCGGCUGAAAUAAAGACACGCUAAGAAAUAGCUCCGUGCCCGUCUACUUUAUGGGUCGUAGACAAACUUACAAAUACCGGGGACAUACAUAACAAGUGGCGACGAGGUGGUUUGAGAACCCACGGGCGCGGUAUGUCUGGAAUGUGUGUGUGUAGUCAAGUUUUAUGAGUGGCGGUGUUUUACUGAGGAGAAGCUAACGCGGCUAGUUAGCAUUUGGCGCGUCACAGCCUGCGUCUGUUGUGAAUAGCGCGAAGAGGAAUAAAAAAAAAAAAAAGGAGAAGAGGAGACGUGUGACAUCACCGGAGGGAGGACCCGUCUGAGGAGGAAUAAUUGUCAGAGGAUAUUGCUAACAACCAGGAGCCUGAAAGGAAAAUGGCAGGAGUCGUUGGUAAUAUUGGCCCUUUUGAUGAACACGUGGAGCAGUGGAGUGCAUAUGCAGAACGUUUUGACUAUUUUGUAUUGGCAAAUGACAAUACCUAUGCAGAAACAGUGGAUGUUCUGACCCAGCAUUUUUCACCCAAACCAUUAAUGCUCGCAGAAAGGUUUAGAUUCCACAGACGCAAUCAAGAAGAGGGGGAAUCUGUUACCAUGUUUGUUGCAGCGCUGAGGAAAUUAGCUGAACAUUGUGAAUUUGGACAAGGUUUAAAUGACGCAUUAAGAGACAGAUUGGUCCUCGGACUGAGAAAUGAAGCCGCUCAGAAGAAACUGCUGACCAAAAGUAACCCAACGUUGCAGAAAGUCAUUGAAAUAAGUGUCGCCAUGGAAAUGGCCUCAAAAGAGGCUCACCAAAUGAACGCUACAGGCGGAGUGCAUACAGUUCAAACGGAUAGACCUAGUGGACAAGGGACAUGUUUCCGUUGUGGAAAAUCAGGACACCUAGCCACGUCAUGCUGGUGUAAGGAUAUGGACUGUCGCAGUUGUGGAAAAAGAGGCCAUAUCGAGCGGGCCUGCUUAAGAAAAAAGAACAAGGAGAAAACAUCAAAGUCUGCCAACAUACAUGACUCUGUGAAGAACAGGAGAAAAACACAGGUGCACACUGUGAGACAAAGGGAGACUGUGCCCAGCGAUUCUUCGGAAGGAGAACAGGAGAUGAGUGUACACACACUGAAUAUAAUGAAGAUGGAUGAAGAUUCUGAGGGUUACUGGGUGGAGCUCAUGCUGGAGGGGCACCCAGUGAGUAUGCAAAUAGACACUGGUUCAAAAGCAUCCAUCAUCUCAGAUGGGGUUUACAAAAAAGUUUUGAGACACCUUCCGCUGCGACAGUCUGAUACUAGGUUCAAAACCUAUCUAGGGGAACCUGUACCCAUGGCAGGAAUGACUGAUGUCAUGGUCCAGAGUAACAAUCAGGUGAGGAAGCUUCCCAUCUAUAUUGUUAAAGGUGAUUACCCGGCUAUUCUGGGACGUGUGUGGUUAGAGAAAAUGAAGCUAAGCUGGCACACUGUAAAAAUGGUAUCACCAAUGGCUACUAGUCUAGCUGCUAUUUUGAGGAAACAUGAUGAGGUUUUCCGGAAGGAGUUGGGCAGUAUGAAGGACAUUACUGUCAAGCUAAACAUUAAACCGGAAACAACACCAAAGUUUAUGAAGGCCAGGUCGGUACCAUAUGCUAUCCGAUCGAAAGUGGGGGAUGAGUUGGACGCCUUAGUUAAAAGCGGUGUUUUGGAACCGGUGACUGUCAGCGAGUGGGCCACGCCCAUAGUUCCCGUACCCAAGAAGACGGGAGAAAUACGAAUCUGUGGAGAUUUCAAAGUGACACUGAACCCUGUACUGUCAGCAGAACAGUAUCCUCUUCCCCGCAUUGACGAUUUGUUUGCUGGGCUGAGUAAGGGGCAAAAGUUUAGCAAAAUAGACCUUAACCAAGCCUACUUACAAAUGCACGUGCAUGAGGAUUCUAAAGACUUGCUCACCAUAACUACACAAAAGGGGCUUUUCAGAUAUUGUCGACUCCCUUUCGGGAUCACAUCAGCUCCUGCACUUUUCCAACGUGCCAUGGAUCAGAUCCUACAUGGCCUCCCUGGUGUACAGUGCUAUUUGGACGAUAUUCUGUGCACAGGAAGUACGGACCAAGAACAUCUGGGCAAUUUGGAUGCUGCUCUUCAAAGGCUGAAAGAGUAUGGGCUCAGGGUUCGCAAAGACAAGUGCGAAUUUUUUCAACUGUCUGUUGAAUAUUUGGGACAUGUAAUUGAUGCCCGAGGGUUGCAUACUGCGCCGUCAAAGGUUCGAGCGAUAGUGGAUGCCCCGCCGCCAGAGAAUGUUAGCCAAUUACGUUCAUUCUUGGGCUUACUGAAUUAUUAUGGCCGUUUUAUACCGAAUUUGUCAUCCAGACUCAAGCCGCUACAUGACUUACUUUGUCAAGGAAAGAAGUGGAAUUGGAGUGAUGCCUGUCAAGAGGUUUUUCAGAAAACAAAGGAGACAUUAGUGACGUCAGGGGUACUGACCCAUUUCGAUCCAUCACUCCCCAUUCAGUUGGCCUGCGAUGCAUCCCCAUAUGGAGUGGGGGCGGUCAUUUCACAUUUAAUGCCAAACGGGGUAGAGAGGCCUAUAGCAUUUGCAUCACGGACCUUGAACAAAGCAGAGACUAACUAUGCUCAGAUAGAGCGGGAGGCGUUGAGCAUAGUCUAUGGGGUUCGCAAGUUCCAUCAGUACCUGUAUGGGAGACAAUUUACAUUGCUGACAGAUCACCGACCCCUGACGACCAUCCUGGGGUCGCACACUGGGUUACCCUCACUUGCCGCGAGUCGCAUGCAGCGGUGGGCGUUGCUCUUGUCAGCACACUCGUAUGACAUCAAGUAUCGCAAGGCUGACCUGCACGGCAACGCCGAUGCCCUGUCCAGGUUGCCUCUUCCUAUCACCAGGCCUGAGCCGCGGGCAGCAGAAAUCUUUUACUUCAGUCAAGUGGAUGGUGCGCCAGUUUCUGCUGCUCAUGUGAGGAGGGCCUCUCGCACUGACCCUGUCCUGUCUGCGGUGAUGGACAUGGUGAUGGGGAGUAGAUCAGGUAGCGAUGCCCCCAGUAUUCAACCUUAUCUCUCCAGGAGAGCAGAACUGUCGGUGCAAUCUGGUUGCUUACUGUGGGGGAGGAGGGUGGUUAUCCCGCCAUCAUUGCGUAAAUCAGUUCUGCAACAGCUCCAUGCAGGUCACAGUGGAAUAGUUCGAAUGAAGGAGAUAGCAAGGAGUUACUUCUGGUGGCCAGGAGUGGACAGAGAGAUAGAGACUACCGCCAAAACCUGUUCCUCAUGCCAAGAAGUUAGGAAGGCACCCCAACUAGCUCCUCUACAUCCCUGGGAGUUUCCCGAAGAACCAUGGCAACGGGUGCACAUUGAUUUUGCAGGACCUGUAGAGGGUUGUAUGCUCCUUGUGUGUGUGGACGCCCACAGUAAGUGGCCGGAAGUGGCCAUAAUGAAAACCACUACCACUGCAAAGACUAUUGAGAGGCUGGGGGAGAUUUUCAGCCGGUUCGGUUCUCCUCUUCAGUUGGUCUCAGAUAACGGGCCACAACUGGUGUCACAAGAAAUGACUACCUUCCUUGAAGCAAAUGGCGUACAACACAUUCGAUCUGCACCAUUUCACCCUGCGACCAACGGUCUUGUGCAGACCAUGAAGAAAGCUUUGAAAACAUCUCAAGAGCAGGGAUCAUUUCACCAGAGAUUGCAUAGAUUCCUGUUGAGCUAUAGGAAUACUCCCCAUGCCACAACUAAAGUUUCCCCCGCUUGUCUUAUGUUCAAAAGAAACCUUCGAACAAACUUUGACUUUCUGAAGCCAACAACGUUGAAGGAUAUUGUUCAGCAUCAACAAGAGAAACAGAUUAAACAAAGAAUGCAGAAGGCUAAAGAAAGAGUCUUCUCUUCGGAUGAGCCAGUGUUAGCAAGGAACUACAGUACUGGCCCCCGAUGGGUCCCUGCAACCAUAGUCAAGCGAUCUGGUCCUGUCUCUUACACCGUUUGUACUGCUGCUGGACUGGUAUGGAAAAGACACGUCGAUCAACUUCUUCAGGCAACAGCAUCGACCCCCAACCAGCCGUCGGUGGAUACUCCGGACGAGUCCGAGUUCAGCGCACCCCAUCUCUUGCUGCCACCACCCCAAAGAACAAUGGAAUAUACUGGUGAGACUUCUGCUUCCGACUCUUCACUACGAGAUCCUGUGAUGGAUGUUCCAACACGCACGGCUGUUCCAGAGUCACCCAGCGGAGACCGUAAGACUGAACAUUCUGUUGAGCCCCGUUAUCCGGUAAGAGAACGUCGUCCUCCAGAACGCCUGAACUUAUAGACUCUAUGUUUAGAGACCAACCCAAACAAACUGGGGCAGAAUAAUCCCCAUGGGUGUGGUCACGGGGUGAGGCCGUUUAACCUCACCUCAGAGUUAUGUUGGGUAACUGUUACCAAACUAUGAAAAAAAAUAAUAAAAAAAAAUAGG